CUGGCUCAACACGGAAAUGAUCAUUUCAAAACAUUAAUCCGGUAGAGUCUUCAUUAAUCGUCUGGAUUUACUGACGGUUGAUCGCGGUCAAUGAGAAAUCAGAGAGCAGGCCCGAAUGUUGCCAGUGUUUGUGUUGUCUCAUUAGUGUGAUGACUGUUUUGAUGACAGUUACUGAUCUUCAUCAUGAAGCUGAGUUCAUCAGUAUUUGCUUUAUUGUGUCUCAUGUGUGAGAUUGUGUCAAUCGCUCUUUUCCUGAGAGGAUUCUUCCCUGUUCCUGUCAAAUCAUCCUUUUCAGACAAGAGCAAAGUGACUGAUUUUCCUGCAGAGCCACAGACAGGAAGUGGUCCUAACUCCAGCAAGGCUCCCGUGCCGUUGUUCAAGCGGGUGGUGAUCGUCCUGAUCGACGCUCUCAGAGAGGACUUUGUGUUCGGCUCUGAUGGCCGGAGGUUCAUGCCCUACACCAGACAUGUGGUGGAGAGAGGCUCUUCUCACAGCUUCAUCGCCAAAGCCAGACCGCCCACCGUCACCAUGCCCAGAAUUAAGGCUCUGACCACCGGCAGCAUCCCGGGCUUCAUAGACGUGGUGAUGAACCUGAACUCUCCAGCUCUGCUGGAGGACAAUCUCAUCUGGCAGGCCAAGAGCGCUGGCAAACGGAUCAUCUUCUACGGCGACGACACUUGGGUUCGACUCUUCCCCAAACACUUCAUGGAGCAUGACGGCACUACCUCAUUUUUUGUGUCUGACUACACAGAGGUGGACAAUAACGUGACCCGUCAUCUGGAUGGCACUCUGAAGCGAGAUGACUGGGAUAUUCUGAUUCUGCAUUAUCUGGGUCUGGACCACAUCGGACACAUCAGCGGACCCCACAGCUCUCUGAUAGGACCCAAACUGAUGGAGAUGGACGACAUCAUCAAGAAGAUACAUGCCUCGCUCGUAUCAAAGGAAUCUGAAGGGACGUUGCCCAACUUACUGGUUCUGUGUGGAGACCACGGCAUGUCUGAAACCGGCAGUCACGGCGGAUCUUCGGAGCCAGAAAUCAACACGCCCCUUGUGCUCAUCAGCCCCGCCUUCAGGAGGAAAGCGGGAUUUGAUGAGCCAGGUGUCCUGGAGCAGGUGGAUCUGACCCCCACCCUCGCACUGGGUCUGGGGUUACCCAUCUCCAAGAACAGCGUGGGCCAUUUGAUUCCAGCUGUGUUUGAGGAGUUAUCACUCAGAGAACAGCUGCGCCUCCUCCAGAUCAACGGACACCAGCUCAGCCGCCUCCUACAGGACAGCAAUCCCACCUUCCACAAGGAGGAUGGUUACGAGCAGUUUCGCGUGGCAGAGAAGUCUCACGGAAGCUGGAUGCAGCUCUAUGUGGAUGGAAACACGUCGGAGGUUUUGAACAACAUGGGCAAGAAGGUUCUCAAACAGUAUCUGGAGGCCCUGAAGGCCAUGAGUUCAGCUCUGAGCAAACAGCUGGGCAAAUACGACAUGUACUCCAUGAUCAUGGGCAUGAUCUUCACACUGCAGGUGCUGUUUUUGCUCUUGUUGGCCAUGCCGGAGGCGUUGAGCAGGGAGGCAGUUGUGGACGUCCCGCUGGCAUCAUCUCUGCUCUCUCUGCCCUUCUACCUGCUGUGUCUGUUCGGCUCGGCCCUUCACGUGCUGCUCUGCACCUCCGCCGGGGGCCCCUGCUAUCUCUGCUCUCUCCCUUGGGUCCUAGUGUUCUCCGUCAUCCUCCUGUCCUCCGCCUUCACAUGUGCUCUGGUUAGUAUGGUGGCAAGGAGGAUGCCAACCAGCAAUAAGACCCCUACUAAGGGUUCUGACUGGACUCUGUCGGAGUUGGACGUUCUGUUGCUGAUUGGUACAGUGGGUCACACCCUCAGUUUGGCUUCCAGCAGCUUCAUAGAGGAGGAACACCAGACUUGGUACUUCCUGCUCAACACGCUGUGCCUGGCCAUCUUCCAGGACGUCUGCAGGAAGUACUUCAAGGAGCAGAGGCAUGGAGAUGAAGAGGACAAGGGGCCUUUGCUUCCCUCCGGUGCUGAGGAAGGACCGUCAUUCUUCCCGGCGGUGGAGCUGGGAAUGAGUCCGGGCUCGGAGAAAUGGCUGGCGCUGGCGACCCCGCUGCUGACCUUGACCUGCUGUCGCCUGCUGAGGUCACUGAACCAGACCGGAGUGCAGUGGGCUCACCUGCCUGACUUUGGACACUGGCUUUUCAGUGGGGAUCAUAAGGCGUUCCUCUCUUUGUUGGCGGCAGUGUCUCUGGUUCUGAUCUUUCUCCUGGUUCAGCGUCACUGCUCACUGGUGUCUAAGAUCGCUCUGGCUCUCGGCCUGCUCGGAGUUUACAGCUAUCGCGCCGCCGUCGGAAAUGUCCUGUUCCCAUGGCAACACAGCAGCCGUGCCGUCUCCAAAGGAACCGUCGAGGCGCGAUUCGUCUAUGUUUUCGUCCUUGGUAUUUUGUUCACCGGCGUGAAGGACCUGUUGCGCUCGCAGGUGAUGUCAUCAGCGGGGGACAGUGGGCGGCUGAAGAGCAGAGGACUGUGGGAAGUGUACUCCGGGGUGGUGUUACUGGUGGCUCUGCUGUUCAGAGCUCAUAAUUUGCCCACGCUGGCCUGCUGUCUGCUCAUCCAGACCGUCAUGGCUCAGUUCAUCUGGAAGAAGCUGCACUACGAUGCCGCCCAGACUACCAUCAUGCACUACUGGUUCGGCCAGGCUUUCUUCUACUUUCAGGGCAACUCUAAUAACAUUGGGACGGUGGACAUCUCUGUGGGUUUUGUGGGUCUGGAGAGUUAUGUGGAAGCACCUGCCAUUUUCCUGACGGCGCUGAGCACCUACGCAGGACCGCUGCUCUGGGCCUGUCACCUGCUGUGCUUCCUCAGUUCACAGAGAGACAGGGCUGUAAUGGGUCUUGGUCAUGGCAGCUACUGCUUCGCGCUCCUGCGGUCCAUCCCAGCUGUGUUUUAUGUGGUUCUGGUCACUGGUCUCCGAUACCACCUUUUCAUCUGGAGCGUGUUUUCUCCAAAACUCUUGUACGAGGCCAUGCACACCCUCAUCAACACCGCAGUGUGUCUGUUUUUCACCUUUAUGGAUCAGGAACGCUCGGCCAGACCAUGAAUACAAACACAGAACCAAAGCCAAACUCAGGUACAGAACAAACGGUGCAGUUGAGUUUUGUGCACCAAAAGGAGAAAUGAGAGAAAAAGCGAUGGGAGAAGGUUUUCGAUAAUUCUACUACUGUGAAUUGAGGUCAACGUUAAGAAUUCAGAGCUUACAUGGAGAUUUGGCUUGCUCUACUGACCUCUGCUCAUUUGUGUGUGUGAUUAAAUUAUUUUUUAUAUUUUUUGAGGGGUCUUCGAUAGUGCAGAUAAUGUUUAGGAAGACUUAUUGUUUAUUGUUUAUUGUUUAUUGUUAAUUUGGAUCCCCAUUAGCUUCCACAAAGUGGUUGCUAAUCUUCCUGGGGUCCACAGAGUUGCACAAUACAAAAAAAUCAUUCAAACAAAUAAAAUAAUAACAAAAAUACAAUUGCUAAUCCAGUCACAUCACAAAACUAUACCCAUACAUAUUAAUAGUAGCAGCACAAGCAGAAGUACGUCUAUACCUUUAACAACAUGUUUACACAAUUUCUUUUAAACACAUGUGUUGAAUUACUUUUACGUAUAUUUAUAGGAACAACAUUCCAAGCAGCAGAGCCACGAUAAAAUACAGUCUUUUUCAGCAAAUUUGAUUGUGGACAUGGUAAAAACAGUUGAGACUUACUCACUUGACGUGUUUUAUGAUCGUGUCUAAAACCAACAUAUACAAGCUUUUCAAAGAAAAAACAUGGUGUGUGAUACUUGAUUACCUUAUAAAAAUAUACCAACACUCGUAAAUGUAAUUUGUCCUUCACUAAAAGCCAUGAUAAUUUUCUAUGCAUAUCAGCAACACUGGCCUGAAAUUGAUAAUGGAGCACCAACCUAGCUGCUCUAUUCUGAACAAUCUGAAGUUUUUUUAAGUGCUUUUCUGAUGCACUUGACCAUAUUAUAGGGCAGUACUCAAGAUGCGAUAAAACUAUUGACUGCACCACAUCUUUUAAAACCAAAGACGAAAUAAAUGCAGAACAUUUCCUGGCUACUGCUAUACCUUUACCCAUGCUGCUUACUAUAUGAUCUAUAUGUUUGGACCAGGACAAUGUAUUGUCAAGUAUCACGCCCAACAAAGUAACAUCUGUUACUUGUUCCACUGGCGUCCCAUCAAUAAAUAAAUUCAAAUCUGCAGCCCUAGAAAUAUUGUAUUUUUGGCUAAAAAUUAUGCAUUUAGUUUUUUCUAUAUUUAAAAUUAAUUUGUUAAUUUGAACCCAUUUAGAAAUUGUUAAAAGCUCAUCACUCAAAUUUUUCUUUAGUUCAGCUGAAGAAUGUGCUGCAGAAAACAUUGUAGAGUCAUCUGCAUACAUAACUAUAUUAGCAUUAUUAACAACAUAUGGUAAAUCAUUUAUAAAAAUAGAAAACAAUAAAGGACCUAAGCAACUUCCUUGUGGAACACCACAAUAAGUAUUUUUAGCAUCUGAAAAAUAACCAUUAUAAAACACUCUCUGUUUUCUAUUAGAAAGAUAGCUUCCCAUCCAAUUAAGGGCUGUCAAUGAAAAACCAUAACAUUUUAGUUUAGCCAUAAGAAUAUCAUGGUCAAUGACAUCAAAGGCUGCUGUAAAAUCAAUUAAAACAGCACCAACCAGUUUCUUAUUAUCUAGACAUGCUAACCAUUCAUCUGUCAUAUGUAUAAGAGCAGUACUUGUGGAGUGUCCUGGUCGAUAGGCAUGUUGAGCAUUGGCAAGUAAUCCAUUUGUACUAAAAUAUUGUAAAAUUUGCUUGAAGGUAAUCUUCUCUAAAAGCUUACUCAAAAUUGGAAGUAUGCUAAUUGGUCUGCAAUUAGAACCUAAAAAGUCUGUUUUUCCCUUUUUAAGUAAUGGAAUAAUUUUAGAUUCUUUCCAAAGAUUUGGAUAUUUGCCACCAAUCAAACACCUAUUAUAAAUAUGACAGAUCGGUUGAGAAAGCUGUCUAGCUACCAUUUUUAGCAAUUUUCCAUCUAACUGAUCAGCUCCACAAGGUUUAUCAUCUGGAAUUGAAAGCAACAUCUCUUCUACAGUAGUUUGAUCAACAGACCUAAAAUUAAAACUGCAUAAUUUAUUUUUCAUUAUUUUAGAAAUAGGACUACAGGCUGAUUGAACAUCAUUGCCAUACAUGCUAGAUCUUAAAUUGUUCACCUUAUCGUUAAAAAAGGUGUUAAAAUAAUUAGCUAUCUCUAAUGGUUUAGUAAUAAACUGACCUUCAUUUUCCACACACCCUUGAUAAUUAUUUGUCUUCCUACACAUUAUUUCAUUCAGUGUUUUCCA